AGGCCCGGAGGGAGGCCUCAUCGCGCCUGCGCGGUGCGCGACCGGCCCGGCCCCGGCUUCCGGGCAGCACAGCACGCUGAUUGGAUCGCACAGCUUGCCGCUCUGCGCUGCCGUCGGAGUUCGUCAGCUGCCCUCGCCCUGGUCCCUGCAAGAUGCCAGCAGCCCUUGCAGAGAACAGCCAGGUUAUCUGCGAAGUAUGGGCAAACAACCUGGAAGAGGAGAUGAGGAAAAUUCGAGAGAUUGUGCUAAGUUACAGCUACAUCGCGAUGGACACAGAAUUUCCGGGGGUUGUUGUAAGGCCGAUAGGUGAAUUCCGCAGCUCCAUCGACUAUCAGUAUCAGCUCCUUCGGUGCAAUGUUGACCUUCUGAAAAUUAUCCAGCUGGGCCUGACGUUCACGAAUGAGAAAGGAGAAUAUCCUUCUGGGAUCAACACCUGGCAGUUUAAUUUCAAAUUCAACCUUACGGAAGAUAUGUACUCUCAGGAUUCCAUAGACCUCCUCGCAAGCUCUGGGCUGCAGUUCCAGAAGCACGAAGAAGAAGGGAUCGAUACCCUGCAUUUUGCUGAGUUGCUCAUGACUUCAGGGGUCGUCCUUAGUGACAGCGUGAAAUGGCUGUCGUUUCACAGUGGUUAUGACUUUGGCUACAUGGUGAAGCUGUUGACAGAUUCCAGGUUGCCAGAAGAGGAACACGAGUUUUUCCAUAUCUUGAACCUUUUCUUUCCAUCUAUCUACGAUGUCAAGUACUUAAUGAAGAGCUGCAAAAACCUCAAGGGUGGCCUUCAAGAGGUGGCAGAUCAGCUGGAUUUGCAGCGAAUUGGACGGCAGCACCAGGCAGGAUCGGAUUCUCUUCUCACAGGAAUGGCAUUCUUCAGAAUGAAAGAGUUGUUUUUUGAGGAUACGAUCGAUGAUGCGAAGUAUUGUGGGCGGUUGUAUGGCCUUGGAACAGGAGUUGCUCAGAAACAAAAUGAAGAUGUGGACUCAGCCCAAGAGAAAAUGAGUAUUCUGGCUAUUAUCAACAACAUGCAGCCGUGACAAGUGGGUACCCCUCAGCAGAACAUGGUUACUAUAUUGGCAGCUGCUGUCUGCAACUAUUUUCCCUAAACGUGUUUCAAAAGGCAUCUAAAGUACACAGUCUGCAGAAGGCCUUCAGUUUUGCUGAAUGAAGAGCUGCAUCUUCAUUUGAAACCCAGAAGGAGAGUUGACUGAAUUCCUAAUGCCAGCAUUUGUGAUUUGCCAUCUUUUUAAUACGAAGGGCAAAAGACACAAACUACUGUGUAUACCUCUUUUUUUUCCUCUUUAUACUGUACAGAAUCUGCAAGGAAGAGUAGAAUAUCCAGUAAAGCUAAGGGUCUGGAAAUCCAAUGAAAUCGGACACAGACAUGCACACAAAUUUGGAAAUGGUGCUUUAGAAAGCUUAUUUUAAAACUUCUGCAUGUUGUGAGGGUCACAGCUUCACCUCAUGGUUUGCUUCUUUUAUCUUUGUAUAGCCUGUGGAAAUUGUUCCCUUUGAUCACUGCGGAGGUUUCGGAAAGGGUAACAUUAAAAAUGAUCCUUGCAGCUAAAACUAUUCAGAGAUUUACUUUAACAACCCUGGGGAUGGAUAUUACUGGAAUUGAUUCGAUCCGCUCCAUAGUUUCUAAUUCUGUAUGGUACAGGUUUGACUCAUACUGAGCUUUGGCUUAGUUCUUACAGGCAUUAAUAAACUGUUCUGGAAGUAGAUUAAGUUAACCUUUGCUUGAGGACCUCUUGACAGGACCAAUAUUCUGACUUCAGUCUUCUUCAGCUAGACCUACAAAUUUUAUUCUUCUUGUUGUACCACAGCUAGUUCAGCAGAUGGCUAAACACUUGUCCCUCUUCUCCCCUACUCCUCCAGUCCCCAGUUUUACUAUAUGCUUAACAAGCGGCAAAGUAGCUCCCUUCCUUUUCAUUAUAAACAGCUGAAAAGCAGCUAGAGGAUGGAAGAACAGUGUGGGAUUCUGACUUUUAAAACUCAAGUCAUUAUAUAAAUAGUUUUUUUCUUCCCGAACAGCCCUGUAAUGGCAUUUCUUUUUCUUUUUUAAAAAAAAACUUUUAGACAUGAUAAACAUAAAAUGCAUUUUAAACAAGCUUAACUCUUUCUUAGGAGUGAAGGUUUAGACCUGGUAUUUAAAAUGCUUGUAAAUAGUACUUGUUUUUAACUUUUGUAAAAUAAAUUUUUUUUAAAACAGGCCUUGUUUUGAAUUUUCCAUCAAGUACUAAAAUUCCUCAGAAGUGAGGAGUUGUAAUCUGAAUUCGUGCUACCUGCAUCCAAGAGAAGGAAGAUGCUUAAGUUUCUUCCUAUUUAUGAUAUGCUACUGCAGUACUUCUUAGUAAGAUCAGCUUUUAACUUUUGUCAGCUACUAUACAGUGAUUUUGAGUUUAAAUGUACUCAUAUGCAUUUUUUGCUCUGCUGUCAGCACAGGAAGCAGUGUUAUGGACUACUUCAGUGCAGCUUAGCCACUUGAAGUGACAAAUCCAUUUUGCUCGUGUGAAGUUUUAGUGCUUCAUCUUGACGAGUUGUUCUGCUUAAUGGGAGAGCUGUUGGGUUAAGCUGUAGCUCCCCCUCCUGGUUUUUAAGUGUUUGGUACGGAAUUUAGCAAAUUCAAAUCACCAGUUUAUUCUGCAGGUGCAUUUAUCUUUUGGUAUAACCCCUUACUUUUAUCUACUGCUAUUUUAACUGUUUUGCUGUCGUACUUGCCUUGAAGCAGGAACUGUAUCAGUGUCAAGUCUGCAUUCUGACUACAAGAAUCUAGAACAGUUCUUGAUCUUAAUUUUUUUUUAAGAGAAAUCUUUGUACUUACCAACUUUCUAAAUCUGUGACCUCCUA